UGUGUGUGUGCGUGAAAGAGCGUUAGCACCAAGAGAGAGAAGACAGCUUAGAGGGACCCAGAGGGGAGCGCUCAGCACCUGGGACACUCAAGCACUCCAGAGGAAAUAUUUAUGACCCAACGGUAGUGAGUGACCCCCCUCGAGCAGACUGGAGGAGCGGUGCGUGGAUCCAUGUGAGCUGGCAAUCACAGACACACAAGAAAGAGCAGGUAGAGGCAGAACUCUGGGAGUGUGGCCACGGGGAGGAAGUUUUCCUCUGUCACUGAGUCCUUUGAGGAUUAAACAGCUGGAAAAAUCCACGGCAAGGAAAAAGCUCAACAUGAGCAGCUGUAGGAAACGAUGCAAGCGGGAGAUUCUGAAGUUUGCUCAAUACCUCUUCAGAUUUAUUACUGGUACACUCAAUGCAGAUAGUGUUGAAGAUGAGCUGGAGCUGUCGGCUGUACGGCAUCGACCAGAAUGCCUGGAGCAGCUGGAGGCCCAAACACGCUUCUCUCGCAAAGAGCUUCAAAUCCUUUACCGGGGCUUUAAGAACGAGUGCCCUAGUGGUGUGGUCAAUGAAGAUACAUUUAAGGAUAUUUACAAUAAGUUCUUCCCACAGGGAGAUGCUUCAACAUAUGCGCAUUUCCUGUUUAAUGCAUUCGAUACAGACCACAAUGGCUCUGUCAGUUUUGAGGAUUUCGUAAUGGGUCUUUCCAUUCUGUUGCGCGGCACUGUUCAGGAGAAGCUUAACUGGGCAUUUAACCUUUAUGAUAUCAAUAAAGAUGGAUAUAUAACAAAAGAGGAAAUGUUAGACAUCAUUAAGUCCAUCUAUGACAUGAUGGGAAAAUGCACAUACCCAAUCCUUAAAGAGGAGACUCCACGACAGCAUGUGGAGAUAUUUUUCCAGAAAAUGGACAAAAACAGGGAUGGGGUGGUUACUAUAGAUGAAUUUAUAGACUGCUGCCAAAACGAUGAGAACAUUAUGAGGUCAAUGCAGCUGUUUGAGAAUGUCAUUUAACAUCUGAAUGGACUCUGUUGGCUGGCCAGCUCAUAUAAAACAACCUUUCUACUCCACAAACCCUGUGUCCUCAAUGAUACAAGUGUGAUUAUUAGCAGUUCAAUUCAGUGAUUUACCCAUAAACCAAUGCUAAGACCAUUUUUAAUACUAAAGAAAGAUUAUUUUUACAUUUUUGUCAGAUCCUUUACUUGUAAAAUAUACUUUUAUUUAAAGUAGAAGUACAGUCAUUUCCAUAAUUCCAUCAAUCAGCUUGUUUCUGCUAAGAUGCUUAGGAAAAUUGGAAAUAUGUAAAUUGUUAACAUUACUGAAGCCAUGUUAUAACUUAGAGUGACAUUUCUUACAUUGUUGGACAAAUUUGCCACCUCUUAUUGUCUAACUCUGCAUUGAACUAAUUAGCUGAGUUACCACUGAUUUAAAAUGUGUCAGUACAAAUGUAUUGUAUACCACAGAUUCAUUGUGGUUCAGUUAGUUUAAUGAAACAUUUAUGCGGUACAUUCUUAGGAAACCAUGCCAUUUGUUCUUGAAAUUUGUUUCUUUCCAAAUGGUUCCUACUGAAUCAUGAUUUUUAAUCCAUUAUUUUUAAUUAGGGGAAAUGUCACAACAGAAUGUGAGGGACAAAGACAAAUUCUGCGUUUUCGCAUAAAAGCAUUUUAGAAAAAAAAAAAUAUACAUUCAUAGUGAAAGCAUAGAUAUUUUAAAAUUCCAACAGCAAAAUUCCAUAUUGUGUAUACAGUAAUCCAUUAAAAUGUAUGAUGAACUGUAAAUUGUCUGGUAUUCCUAUGAAAAAAAAAUUAAUAUAAAAUUAAUUUCUUUCAAAAGGUAUUUUGCAUUACACACUAAAUAGAGCCAAGUCUAUAAAAUAACAUGACAAAAUAUCUUGUCAACUAUAUCAGUAGUGAGUAAUGUGUACACACAUAGUACACAAAUACAGUAAAUGUCAGUUUCCUGAGAAUAACCCAUUUAUGAUCAGCUGGUGGUGUUUUAAAGCACAUCAGUCAGUAAUAAAGCACGCUUAAAAGCCUUCUUUCUGUCAAUAAGUACAUACCUGUGACACGGCAGAUUUGACAGUUCUAGAUCAUUCCAGAAUAUUCUUACUAAAACUGUGGGUCCAGCCAUAACAGCUAAAAAAGUUAUAUAAUGAUAAAAAUAUCUUUUUUUUUAAUAAAAAUAGAUGUUUUUUUUUUUUGUUUUUUUUUUUAAUUAUUUGCCAACAAGAACAAAAUGCUAUAUUACAGAUUUGGAAGCUACAAGUAGCAACUUAAGCACUCAUCUUGUACUUGUCUUAGGGAAAAAUGUUGCUUAUACACCGAUCAGCCACAAGAUUAAAACCACCUGCCUAAUAUUGUGUUGGUCCUCCUCGUGCCGCCAAAACAGCA